GUCAGAGAAGACUGCGUCAUGUUCUAAUUAGAACGCUUUAGUAUCACCACAGUGUCAUGUAUAAGCCCUCACAGGUUAAAAAAUGGUUACUGGGGUGCUUUAACCAAAGCUCAUGUACUGCUGCCGCAUUUUAAUUAAAGUGGAUCUCUGGGAACCACUCUAAUUAAAAUGCCCCACCCCCAAGCAAGUGUAUAGGUAGCCUAAGGUAAUACCCUGCCCUACCUUCCACCAGAAAAUGAUUGAAAGGGAUGCAGUGGAGUGUGAGAUGGCUUUGGAGUUCUGUAACAGUUGGAAUUUGUAGGGGAAGAAGGAUUUCAAAUAUAAAAGCUGCAAAGGCUUGCUUGGCUGCAAGCUGAGUGGGUGAGCUGUGCCUAAAAACUUUGCUAGAAAGGAGGCAAAAAGUUUGCAGAGGAUGCAAUAGCUUUUACAAAUGGAGGGUACACUGUGCACAAUGCAUGCAUUUUAAUGGAGGAUCUGAACUGUAACCAGAGCCCCCACUGCAAACCCUGGGCUCUGACUGGCUACUAUGAAGCCAUAAAAGCUGAAGGAAGCAAAAGCAACUGGAGAGAGAGAGAAAGAAACUGUAGGAAAGCUGGAGAGAUAGGUAAAGACUCAGCCCCUCCUCCCUCCCCAGGAAGAGGGAACAGAGCUGAGGCUUGCUGGUGUCGUGGGAGAAAACUCUCUGGUGUUCGUUGUCUAGCAGGCUUAGAGACCAGACAACACGGGUGAAGGGGGCCAGCCUCAGGCCAGCCAGAAGAGUAACAAUUACACCUCAGUGACUGAAUUCAUCUUGGUUGGAUUCUCUCUGCCUCCACAGGUACGUUACAUCCUGUUCACAAUUUUUUUCCUCAUCUACAUGAUGACUUUGACUGCCAAUAUGCUCAUCAUGUUGGCUAUCCGAAUGGACAGCACCCUGCACACCCCCAUGUACUUCUUCCUGCUCAUCCUCUCACUCUCCGAGACCUGCUAUACCUUUGUUAUCAUUCCCAACAUGCUGGCCACUUUACUGGCCACGGGCAGAGCCAUAUCCCUGGGUGGCUGUGCCCUGCAGAUGUACUUCUUCUUGUCCUUGGCAGCAACCAACUGUUGCCUGCUGGCAGUGAUGGGGUAUGAUCGUUAUGUGGCCAUCUGUCACCCACUGCGCUACCCAGUGCUGAUGAACCCACGUGUCUGUGUCCAGCUGGUGGCUGCCUGUUUCUUUGGCGGCUUUCUGUUUCCAAUUUUAAUGGUUUCCCUCAUAUUCCAUGUGUCAUACUGUGGUCCCAAUAGGAUCAACCAUUUCUUCUGUGACACCUCCCCAGUGCUCCAGCUAGCCUGCACUGACAGCAAGGUCCCAGAAAGCAUUGUGUAUCUUGCUGGCGUCAUCUUCAUCAUCAUGGACCUGCUACUGAUCCUGAUCUCCUACAUUUUUAUUCUCACUGCCAUCCUCAAGAUCCCCUCAGCUCAGGGUCGGCACAAGGCCUUCUCCACCUGCGCCGCACACCUCACCGUAGUAAUUGUACACUAUGGCUGUGCUGGCAUCAUCUACCUGAGACCCAAAUCUGCCCGCUCACUUGAGGAGGACAAGCUCAUUACUGUGUCCUACACGGUCUUCACCCCAUUGCUUAACCCCAUGGUGUAUAGCCUGAGAAACAAGGAGGUGAGACUGGCGCUUCAGAGAACGCUGGCCAGGAUAUUCUGCCCCCAGGAAGCAUAACAGCAACAGGAACCUCUCACUCACACACGGUCUUGGGAAAUUUUAACUUUAGCUGAGAAUCCAAAGGGGAGAUCAGGGCAAAGCUGUGGGUCUGCUGGAAGGUGUUAGUGAUGCCCCCAAGCAGAUCUGUUCUUUGGAUAACAUUGGGCUGGCUAAAGUUAACCACUUUGUCUUCAGGGAAAAUGGAGGGAACAAUCCCAUCCCACCAAGCAAUCAAAUUGCUUCUGCCAGAAACAUUACUUCCUGAGCCAACUGGAUGCCUAGCAUGGUCUAAGCAGGGUUAUGCUUUGUGGUCUGAGAGAUUUCCCUGGGCCUGUUUGGAAACACAGAGGCUGGGAACUUGUUUGGCAAAUGUGUAUAGGGGAGAGACUGAGAAAGCCAGCAAGCCACUGCAAGGGAAUCUUUGAAUGCAGGUAAAGCUCCUGGGGUGCAGAACCAGCUGCCAGGGUAAGCAGGAAACACAAGUGGGACCAGGGGAAUGGGCCUCUGUGCACAUUUCACUAUAAAUAAAUAAAUAGAGUCUGACCCAGGUAAUAAAGAAUGUCUCUUUUGCCUCUUAAUAGAAAAACCAGGAAGGUCCAAGCUAAAAUGCUACUCUGUUUUGUCAGGAUCAGAGGUGUCAUGAACUCAUUCAGCACCCAGAGUGGGUUGUACAGGAAGGGGUAAGCCUACUACUGUAGACUAGGCAGAGGGGUAGGGAGUAGGGGAGAGUGGAGGAGAAGGGAAGUCUUACAUGCCCAGGAAAGCAUCUGCUACUGCUGCCACUGCUAUACCAGUAUUAACCUGGCAGCAGAAGCCCUGUGCUACCAACUCCCUGGGGACCACCCCUGGUGCCCCAUUUUGCUCCCCUGAUCAGAUAAGCUGUUGGGCACAGGGCUGUGCCUGCUGUGGCAAAGACUCCCCAGGGGGUGGGAGGGAUAGGGACGAGCACCAUUCCACUCACCCCUCAGGUACACUGUCUGGGUGCAGGGCUGUCCUGCCAGGCUCCUAUAGCCACAAUGCAGGGCUCCCCUGGUCUGGCAAAAACUUCUAGGGGAGGGGGGAGCACAUUAUGACAUCCCUUCAUAGUGCCCCACUAGCUCAAUUCAGUUACGCUACUGAUCAAGAUGGAGGAGAUGCUGGGCACUGGGGUAAUUCUCUUGGUAAUUCACAUGGGGGAGAUAGAUCUCAUGCAGAAGGACAGGACUAGAGCAGUCCUCAUGGAGCUCACACAACAUCUUACAGGGCUGGAUCCCCUAGGGGAGAUGGGUGCUGUGGCCCUCUAGCCCUGGGAGCCCCACUGCCCAGUGGGAUCCUUCAUCCACAGGUGGAAUGUUGACUCAGUAUGUGAUUUUCAUAGAUUUCAUAGACGUUAGGGCUGGAAGGGACCUUGGAAGAUCAUCAAGUCCAGCCCCUGCCCGAAGGGCAGGAAGUCAGCUGGGGUCAUAGGAUCCCAGCAAGAUAAGUAUCCAAUUUACUCUUAAAGGUGUUCAGUGUAGGUGCUUGAAUCACCUCCAAUGGCAGGCUAUUCCAGACCUUGGGGGCUUGGACAGUAAAGAAAUUCUUCCUUAUGUCCAACCUGAAAUGGUCUUGCAGUAGUUUAUAACCGUUCAACCUCAUCAUCCCUAGGGGAGCUCUGGUGAACAAACGUUCCCCCAGAUACCGAUGGUCAUCCCUGAUAAACUUAUAGGUGACCAUCAGAUCACCCCUGAGCCUGUGCUUGAAAAUAGAUGGGUAUCUGUGAAUGGGUGGUGUGCCAGGCAGCAUGCUCAUCACAGAUAUCUGAGCUCACUGGUAUGAAAUCACAAGCUAGUGGGAGAGGCUUGGACCCAACUCCUGACAGGUCACUGGGUACCCAAAACAGUUAGGCUGGGCUGAGGGUUCUCAGCCAUGAGCUUCUCUUGGCACAGGAGCCCAACCAGGGCAGGACUCAUAGCUAAAAGUAAAGAGAGAGAUUCCUGCUUAUAUCACCUGCGCACUCAAAUAUUGUGCUGGGCUCUGUCCAGGUAUGAGGGGUGGGUGGGAGGCCUUGUGCUGGGUCAGCAACCCAAAAGAGCAGAGCUCUAGGGAGGUGCAGGUCCUCCCACCGGCUUCUGUGCUGUCACUGCCACCCCCAUCCCUACCCUCCGAGCCCAUGUCCUGCCCCAGAAAGACCUUGGGAUGUUUGGGCUGCCCCAGACUCUGCCCUUGUCUGCCCUGGUUCACCCACCUGGUUCUGGGGAUCAUGCAGCUCCACAGCACAACAGCAGAGUCUGCUUCCCCUGACCACCCAAACUAGGUCAUAGAUUCAGGGUUGUCUAAGGCCACCAGGGCCCAUUAGACCCUCAUAACCCCUGUGUAUCUCAGGCCUCUGCUCCACUCAGUUACCCCUUGGGAAGCCCAGAAGCCUGACUUUCCUGACAUCAUAUUUUCCAGAAAGGAUCCAGCCCUUCAGCUCUACCUCUAGCUCAACCCAAUACUUCCCUCCCAGGCAGGGAUCAGCACAAAGCUUGUGUGUGCCCAGGACUAGGCAAGGCCCAACACAAGGCUUAGACCCCCCAGUUCCUUGGCCUGUGCCCCCAGUCAUGAACAGGGUCCCACCUUGUCCUCCAGUCCUGUGCUACGGGCAGCCCCAGGUUCCCUGACACUGACCCACACAGGCUCUGCACAUGUUGAUGGAUAGAUGCAGUGGAUGUUGGGAAGAAUUGUAUCUUGUUCUGGAGGAGGGCUGCAGAGGGGAGACAGGAAGCUCCACCUCUCUGCUGUGUUCUGCUGGCAAAGCUGACAUUGGGCCAGCCUUGGGCGGGCAGAUCACCAUGCCAUGUCUCUGUUAAGCACUAACCACAGGGCCCUAGGCCAGGUUGUGAAUGAGACCCCCCCCAUAUGACCUUUUUGGGGAGUCACUGGAUCCUUCCAGGGGGACCCUGAGAUGCAGGAGGGUCCUCAGGGGAUCUGCUUUGCUCCCCUAGAGACAGAACACUAGGAGUGGGAGGCCACACUUAGUGAGCACCCACUUUCCAUGGCAGGUGGGACAGUUACAAGGCAUGACUUAGGGACAGAAGGCAUAUCUACACAUGCACUUUAAUGUGCAGUAGCCUAUUUUACUGUGCAUUAGAGCAUUGCAUCAAAAACCAUCUUAAUAUGCGAAUGCACAGUAAAAAUAGGCUACUGCACAUUAAGCAUGCACUUUUGCUACUGCACUUAAGGGCAGCCAAAAUGCAUAUUUAUUUAGUACCUCAUAAUAUAGCUGGGGUGGAGCGGGGCAUA